CGCUGCGGUCGCCAGUCGAACUGCUCACGCGAGUGCCGCGUCGUAUUUGUGUUGUUUACAUCGGCGUCGCCGGCGCUCAGGAAUUCCUGGAGGAGCAGCAGCGGCCCAACUGAACUCGUGGGUGGAGGCACUGCUAUUGCGGAAGUGAAGCUGGAACGACGCUGGGGAAAGCCUAACCCGCCGCCACUGGCGCAGUUCACGCAGCCGGCUGUGAUGGAGUGAGGGCGCGCCGCCAUGCUGGCCGAAGAGCCCUUUGUGACGGUGGUGUCUGUGGACGGCGACGGCGCCGCCCCCAGCUCACCGCCCCCCGCGCCGCCCCCGACCGCCGCCUCCGCCGCCCCCGACCCCACGAGUUUCGUCACGGUCGUCUCCGUCGGGUCAGAAGACUACCUUGACCCUGAAGAGGAUGACGCAGAAGAGGUGCUGGUGUACCGGCUGCCGGGCGAGCGGCUGGGCUUCGGGCUGCGCUUCGAGGGCGGCGCCACCAGCAGUGGCACGGGCCAGCAGCCGCAGCAGCAGCAGGCGGUGCGCCGGCUGUUCGUGCAGUCGUGUGCGCCCGAGUCUCCGGCGGCGCGCGCGCUCGCGCCGUGGGGCCGCCUGGCGGCCGGGGACCAGAUCCUGCGCAUCGACGGCGCGCGCGUCGCCGCCAUGAGCCGCGCAGACUGCGUGCGCGCCCUCAAGGACUCCAACGUCGCGCUGCGCCUGCUCGUCCGCCGCCCGCAGGCUCCGCCCACGACGCCGCCCAAGGGCGCCACAGGCGGGCCGCCUGCGGUGCCGCCCCCGCCGGUGCCGCCGCGCAGGAGCCGCCCCCAGCCGCCGCCCCCUCCGCCCCCGCAGCCACCCCAGCAGCAGCAGCUGGUGCUGGUGGGCCCGCCACGCGCCUUCGCCGACAGCGACUGCGCGCCCGAGCCCCCGGAACCGCAGACCAGGACCAACAUCGUGGACGUGGAAGCCGAGGUGGAGGAGGAGGAGGAGUGCCCCAGCGAGUCGGACGACACGGGCAGCAGCGUGUCGACGGUGGUGGAGCAGCCGCUGCUGCAGCCGCAGCUGGACGUGUCGCUGGUGCUGCGGCCGUUCGAGCGGCUGGAGCGCCAGCUGCUGGACGAGCAGGCCGACGCGGGGGCGGCGAGCGCCGUGGCGGCCGCCUGCCGCUGCCGCGACGCGCCGCUCAGCUACGGCGACGAGGCGCACCCGCUCUGCCACGUGCGCCGCCUGCACGCCACGCUGCAGGAGGCGUGCGAGGCGACCUCGGAGUCAGUGGCGCCGGCGCUGCCGCCCAAGCCGCGCUCCCGCAAGAAGCGGCCUCCGCCCCCGCCGCCUCCGCCGCCCCCGCCGCAGCCCUCGGAGGCGGCAGCCGGGCCCGUCAACCGGCUGGACAGCCUCCUGUUCGGCAAUGGCGGCGGCGUCGCAGAGGACGAGGUUGUUGAGAGCAGAGGGCCGCAGGUCAACGGAGAAGUAAGUGCAGGGCUGGACGCGGAGGAACGAGACCGAGGCGUGCGACAGGAGGGGGACGAGGAGGAGGAAGAGGAAGACGAAGAGGAGGAGGGAGACGAAGAAGAGGAGGAGGAGGAGGAGGAGGACCUCAUCCCCGAGUUCGGCGUGACGGCCGUCGUGGGCUGCGAGGCUUUCUUCCCAUACCACUGGGGGCUGGCCUCACACCUUGACCCCAUCGGGGAGGAGGACGAAAACAGGUGCGAAGAGGACACCGCAGCCGGCGGUCGCGCGCCCACCGUACACGCAGACGCGGGCCCACCAGACGCGGACUUCGACGCCGCCAGCAGCCGCCUCCAGAUCGUCACCACCAGGUUUUCGACGGAAGUCCUGCGAGAGGUGGAAGACGAGGAUGAGGAGGACGAGUGGCAGGAGGCCCUGGACGGGGAGUGGCCAGUAGCGGCCAGCCACGGCCACGUGACCGCGCACAGCCAGCCGCCGCCCACGCCGCCGCCCAUGGACGCCGCCCCAGCCGAGCAGCGGGUGGACGCCGCCGCCCAGCCGCCGCCGCCGCCGCCGCCGCCGCCGCCGCAGCCGGCCGUGGUGACCGCCGCCUCCGCCUCCCAGGACUCCACAGACGCCAGCGAGGAGUUCGUGCUGGCUGACGGGGGGCCCGAGCACGUGCUGCUGCUGUCUGUCCCCCACCCGCCACAGGGGGGCGCCGCCGACCCGCACCUCGACGUCUCUACGGCUUCGGACGACACACCCGACGUCCUCCACCCGAACGUCACUCUACGACGGAAACCGGGCAACGUCGAGGACGACGCGUCCGAACUCAACGUGACGACCAUCAGCAUCGACGAAGACGCCAACACCCGAGUCCCAGAUCAGACUUUGGUUUCAGAGUUGCGAGAUGCGCAACUGUCCGUGGAGGCGGACGACGGACUGCGCCCAAGCGACAGUCCUACAAAAUGCGUGCAAGUGCUGACCAUCGUCAACGGCAAUGUUGACGACUCGGUCGAGCUGAUCUUCUCCGAGACGUCGGAUGACAAAACCGCGGUAGCGAUAGAAAGUGCGCUGCCCGUGAAUAGUACGGAUUGGGCCGGAAAGGUGAGAGAUGGCCACGGAGCGGAAACGCCGACCGGGUUUGCGACAUCUGGAACUCGUGAGGCACUCGCGUCACAGCUAUUUCUGGAAAUGGAAAGGCGAGAACACCCCACCUCGACCCACUGCGUCCAAGUCAUCAGCUAUGACACUCAGCCGCCUGUAAAGGCCGAGAGAGGAAGCUCAGAGCCUGAAACUACAGACAACGAACUGCAGCUAGUUGCGGGUGAGGUGCUUAAGGAUGAGGAUCUACAUGUGGCGACUUCUAGUGAGAAAUAUGGCAGCAGGGAAGAAGAGCCACUGUCCGACAACACUCUUGUAGCAAAGGAAAUGGGCGAAUUUAGUGAACAACGGGUGGAGGACGUAGUUGUUAAUCACGAAGACACGACUGCAGAAUACGAGGAGGCAAUAGUCGACAAUGUACAGUCGAAGGAUUUGCAGAUAUCCUCCGCAAAAGAGAACAUGACCAGUGAAAUACAGCUUGAUCUAUCGUCGAAAGGUGGUGAAGCGGAGGCUGCAAAACAGAAUCUAGAACCAGCUUUAACCAAUGGAGAUCCUGUGACAGGAGAGUACACCAGACGGGACACUGUGGAUUCUGCAGGCGAUGAAGCGACACUCAGCGAGGACGUGAUAGUGGCUAGCCACCUGACGGACACGGUUGUGCAGAAGCCCGUGCCACGUGCCAGGCGGAAGCCCCCAGUUGUGGACAACGUCAGGGCCACUUUGGACUUCCUGGCAAAUGAGGCAGCACACUCAGCGGCACUCAAUACAGGCCAACUGUCGGACAGACAAUGGAUCGAGAUAGAGACACAAGAGGGCGCGAUUCCAGGAGAGCGUGGAGUGCAGCAGGUAGAGACGGACGCUGUGGCAUCGACGGAGGAUCCUAAGCAGCCAGAGGGAUUACUUGACACUGCAGAAGGAGUAGCUGCAACUGGCCAAGAAGGACAGUUACUGAGAGACCAUAGCGAGCGAGUUUUGCAAGUUGAGGAAAUGGUGGGGUCUCACAUAGAGGGUGACACUGCUUUGGCAGAAAGUCGAGAAAGCGGGGACAGCCAUGGCACUGUCAGUGAAGAAUUGCUGGGAACAGAGUCUUCAGGUCAGCUCCUUCAGGCUGAUGAAGAGGAAAAGGAAGAAAAUUUUAUAGGAACCAGUUUAUUACCGAAUGAUAACGAGACUGAACCUCAAAUUGACACUUUCGAGCAGUAUAUUGAACAGACAGUAGAAACUAAGGCUAUGAUGGGAGACAAGCAGCUGCAGAACGAGACGGCAGCUUUCAUAGAACGGGAAAGAAGUGUAUUGCGGCCUGCAGAUGCUGCAGUAGAGGAGUCGGUCGAACAAGAGGAUAGGAAACUGCGAGAAGGAGUAGACAGCGGGUUGGGUAACGCUGAGAUGAACACAACAGAGAGUCAAAAAGAGGCUGAACAGGUGCAGGACCUGGUAGCAGUGGGAAAUGAUCGAGAGGUACAGCCAGAUCAGCUAGAGGAACACAGGUCACCGGCAGACAAUGACCAGGGGAAGGUGCAAGGGACAUCAGUAGAUGAGAGGCAGUCGGAGGAGUACAAGACACCAUCAGACGAGUUGGAGAAGAUUGGUAGACUGUCUGAUCUUCAGCAGCUGGAGAUGGGGCCACAGUCAGAUGAGAGGCUGUCAAAAGAGCGUGGGAUGGAGGGAGAUAUGUGUCAGGUGGAGGAGCAAGACCAUUCUCAGUUGGAAGAUCGUGGGGUAUUACUGGAUCACGGGCAGUUGGAGAACCAUUUGACACCUUUAGAUCCAUGCCUGUUGGAGGAAGAUGCAGUGCCAGCAAACGAGUGCCAAACAGACGACCUUGAGACAUUAUCAGCGCGUCACCAAUUGGAGGAUCUGGGGAAACCAACAGAUCACCUGGAGGAGCAAAGGACAGUGGGAGGCAAACUCAGUGAAGAGGAACACGGGACACCGCCCGACAAAGAACAGUCGGAAGAGCGCGCGACGCCGCAGUCGGAGGAUCUCGCAGUACUACCGCACCGGCGACCGUCAAAGGAGCGGACACUUUCAGACGAGGAUGAGUUGGAGGAGCGGGAAACACUGUCGGGUCAGCGACAGCUGGAGUUGCUAGGGGUGCCGUCGAGCCAGCAGCAGCUGGAAGACCCUGGAACACCAGCAGAGGAGGCCGGGGUGGGGGAGCGGAGACAGGUGGAGGGCUGCGGGCCAGAGCCCGCCGCGAUGCACACAGACGAGUGGCGGCUGGCCCAGCAGUGGGAGGGCCACGUGACCGCCGCCCCCGCCGCCACCGACGCCCCCCGCAGCCGCGCAGGCGGGCACGCGAUGGAGGCGGCGCCGGACGCGACCCGGCCGCCCCCAGCGUCUCCCGUGCCGCCCCCCAGCGCGUCGCGACUGCCCCCGGACGGCGACGAGUUCCCCGCCUCCUACACAGACCCCCACCCACACCAGCACUCGCCGCCGACGCCUCCGGCUCUGCUCGACCACAAGAUGGACAGCAAACAACCGCAGCCGCCGCCGCCGGUGCCCAGCAAGCCGUGGGCCGCGCCUGCCGCCCCCGCGCGGGACGCCGCCCCCACCCCCGCACGGGACGCCGCCCCCGCCGGCCGGCGGCCGCGAGACGACGCCAGCGAGCGCAGCGUGCGCGACAAGAUCGCCAUGUUCUCGCAGCCCGGCGCCGCCCCCGCACCGGCUCCCGCGCAUGCGCAGCAGCCAGCUGCGGCGUCGCCGCUGCGGCGGCGCUUCAGCUCCGCGGCGGACCUGUCGGCGCCCGCCGCCCCCCUCGCCAGCCCGCCGGCCGGCCUGUACUCGCGCGUGGGCGGCAGCCAGCUGGAUGUGCGCGCGUCGCCGCUGAACCGCUCGCAGAGCUUCCUCGACCUGUCCGCCACCCCCGCAGCCGUCGCAGCUCCCGCCGCCGCCACCGCGCCCGCGAGGGAGCGCUCUGCCGACGCGCAGCAGGCCACGGCCUCGCUUCCGCGGAGGACGUCCUUCAGCGGCACAGGCCUGCUGCACUCUCGGUCGCAGAGCCUGCUGGACGUGCGCGCGCACCGCAACAGCAUCGCAGGGGAUCCCCGCGUCGGCCAGAUGAUGGAGCGGCGGCAGCGCGGCCUGUCCAAGCUGCGGGGGCUCGUCAUCCCAGAGCGCGUGCCUGAGCUGCCGGUGCUGCUGCCAGACCUGCCGGAGAUCAAGUCUGUACCUCCACCACCUGUCUCUACAAGGAGCUCAUGGACUCCUUCUUCCUCAACUCCAACCAAGAGAACAACAGCACCAAAUUGGACCCGGUCAGGUCUGUCCACGGCACCUCUGAACAGGCCAGCCAGCUGGCAGUCAGAAAAUGUGGCACCUUUAUCACAGAACCAUUUCAGUGCUUCAAAACCAUUAAUUGCUACAGCUGCAUCUCCAGUAACAAGCUGGAACUCGUCAACUGCGGCCACACGAGAGAAUUCUCGUCCAUCCUGGUCUUCAUCAGCAUCUGUUCCGAAGUAUUCACCUGCCUUCAAGCGAAAGAGCCUCUCUGUAAGCUCUUCACUCAGCUCGUCUCUGUCCUCGAGUCGCGAGGAGCUGCGGCCACUGUUUGAGGCGACUCCUAACACCCGGCCACCGCCGCUACCGUCCUCCAGGCCGCCACCACUUCAGCCACCUGCGGAACCCAAGUCAUUAGAAAGCAUCGCUUCAUCCCCCACACGCUCGGACAUCAGCUUCGACUUUAAAGUCGGCGCAGUCCGGAGCCCUUCUGCUGCACCAGAGACAGAUGUGCUUACCCCUCACAGCAGAGGUGGUGGAGGAGAUGAUUCUGAUGACUCGGCAGUCAGUUCGAGUCGCUCGAGCCAGUACUCCCCACCGUCAUCGCCACUACGUAGAACACUCGCUUCUGGCACUGACCAGUUGAGCCACACUGGGCGUGUGCUGAAGCCGAAGAGUGUGGAAGCCAUAAAUCGAAAAAAUGUCUUGUCGUCAGCUAGGCACAGCAGUGGAAGAGACCUCAAGGCAGGCUCACCCCUGAUACAGCGAAAGAUGCCUGAAGACAUUGCCACAGAAGUAAACAGUGCUAUUGUUACACCUAUUGAAGAUAAUAGUGCCAUACACACGCAAGAGGAGAAAAUGCAUCAGCAUAGUCAGAACACGGAAAAUGUAAGCGAGAAGGCUGGGGCAGAAAAUCUAGUAAAUAAGGGUGAAAAUAAUAAUGCCAAUUUGUACGACAGACCAGAUGAUGAUUCUACCAUUGAGCAUCGACAUGUUGUAAAACAGGAAGUUGUUGAAGCUAACAGAAGAAACAUUAAUAGUACACCAGUUAGCCAUUAUAAGACUGAAGAAAGGUUAUUCAGAGCACCAUAUUCCAAUUUUGACCAGAUGAACAGCACAUUGCAAGGAAAAAUUGAUGAUAGGAUUGCAAUGGUGCAUCACAGAACAGACAAUAGUUCUACUACCGUCAUUCGGAGAAGCAUGGAGAUCGUCACUUCAGUCGGACCAAGUAAAUCAACUGGUGACAAACAAGCUCCACACUGGAGCACCUCCAGAGAGCGACAUACUGGUUCUGUUGGGGAUGAUAACAGCUCUUUUGCAGGUCAAAAAGAGGGAAAAAAUGAUGAAGUAAGAAGCAAUCUGGAAGCUCCUACUGACAGAUUUGAUACUAAGGAGAAAAAUAAUAGAUUGUCAAUCAAUAAUAAUAAGUUUGAAGGUGAUGAAACUAGUAAACACCAAUUUGCAACUGCUCGAAGCAAGUUUGAAGACAGCUCAACUGGUGGAAGGCCAACAUACCAGAAAUCUGAGGAGAGCAAAGUAUUUCCAAGGCAAAGGAAAAGUGAUGAAAAUAGUGCAGUCCUUCGGCGUCAGAAUGCCAUUGAAGACAACAUACUGGAGUUGAAUGGAAAUGACCCCGUCAUAGACAGCAAGUCUCCCCCCGUGGCAGCUCCACGCCGCUACGUGACUCAGUGGGAGGCUUCUUCCCCAAGCAACACGCCACCAUUAGAGAGCCCAUUAUCGCCUGUACCUCCUUCAGUUCCUCCUAAACCCACCUCCAAAUUGUCAAAUGGAAGUAAUGGAAGCAUCACGAGGCAAGACUCAGGUCCUACACUCGUAAAGCACUUCAGAGGUUCCUCUCUGGACUCUACAGCCAGCGAUGACAACACUUUGCGAGAUAGUGUGCUCUACGGCAGUGUCUCCUCACUUUCUUCAGCUUCGAGCCUCAUAACACCACAGGAACUGCAGCAGCUGAUGAAUGAGGCAAAUCAGAGUCUUGAUGAAAGUGGCUUAUGCAGUCCAGUCACAUUAGAAGUAAUAGUUUUGCAUAGGGAUCCAGCUGGCGGGGGUGUCGGCAUUACACUGGCUGGUGGAGCAGACUAUGAAGCCAAGGAAAUAACUGUACAUAAAGUUUUGGCAGGCAGUCCUGCAGAUAGAGAUGGGCGUCUACAGAAAGGAGACCGCAUUCUUUCAAUUAAUGGGCACAGCAUGAAAGGUGUCACUCAUCAAGAGUCAUUGCGUAUAUUGAAGUCUCCCUCAGCAGAAGUUGUGCUAGUUGUGAUGAAGAAGGGAUCAGAGGGCGUAUCAAGUCCAUCAUAUGAGGAACCCUCAUUUGGCCGUAAAAUGGCUCCAUUUAGAGUACUUGAACAGUUGAAAGAGAAUAGUGUUGAAACAGUAGUUACAAGUGGUGUAUUGCUGGAUGGUAAUGAAGGUGGUCCCCCUGUGAAUCUGGUGCUGUGCAAAGAUGGAGCAGGACUAGGCUUCAGUUUGGAUGGUGGCAGAGACUCACCACUUGGAGACAGACCAUUAACUGUGAAGAAAAUAUUCACAGGUGGAGCAGCUGAAAAGCAGGGGCAGCUAAAGGCAGGAGAUGAACUUCUGGCAGUGGCUGGCUCUGAUGUCACCAACAUGACAAGGAUUGAAGCCUGGACACUCAUGAAGAAGCUGCCAAGUGGUCCUGUUACUAUUUCUAUCAGGCCAAAAGCUGCAGUGUGACACUAAUUAGAAUGUACGUUGUGCCAAAAGUGUGAAAUUGGGAUUCCUAAAAUAAGACUCUGGAAAUGAUCACAUAAGGUAUCAUCUGCUGCUUCACAAAGUUCAACGAGCAGCAGGUUGAAAAAAAUGCUUCAUGAAUGUGUAUCAAUGUCAGAUGAUUCAGUGGUUUGCUAAAGUUGCACUGUACGUGUUGUAUGUAAUAUAAGGGACAGUUAACUGUCACUGUAAAAUGUGGACAUUGAAAGAAACUUACAUUUCAUAGGGGAAUGUGUGCAAUGUGAUGUAUGCAUCAACAUAGUGUAUGUUUAUUUUAACUACAGUAUCUGAGUAUCAUACUACUAAAUCCUGUAACUUUGUACGAAGGAAUGGUAAAAUUUAUUUGGUGAAUUAAUCCAGCUAUGUCUUCCAGAUAGUGCUGUUAACCAUAGUAAAGAUGGUAGUGACAGUGAACUAUGAACCAAGUGUUUUGCACUUACUGAACUGGAAGGCAACUGCACAUAAAAUUGUUAUUGAUAAAUAAAUAGAUAAAUAUAUAUUUUUAGGAGAAAUGUUACUGUUAGCAUGAAUAUUAUUCAUACUGUUAAUACAAUUGUGUUGUAUGUAAUAAUUUAUUGUUGUGUUAUUUCUUCAGAAUUUUAUAGAUACAGCUGCUUUAACUAUGGCAGCUUCAUCAAUGUAGAAAUGAAAUAUGUUAAAAGAAUGUAUAUAUUAAACAUUUAACAGUGCUUUGUAGCUCAUAUUUUAAUACUGUUUUCUUAUAUUCCCUAGGAAUAUCUGAAAUAUUAACUAAUUGUGAGAAUAUUUUCCACAUUGCAAGCAUCACAUACAUACAUAUUAUUUUUUUUCAACAGGAACCAGACAGCUGUAAUGAGAUCACACAAAAUGUCUCAUAUUAUAUUCAAAGAGCAAUAUGAAAGCCUCAUUUUGUAUCAACAAAUGUCUGUUUUGCCUUGCCAGUUAGUCAUACUAAGUAAAUUUUAUAUCAGUAGAGUGACAAAGAAAUUAAACACCUUUUGAAUUUUUUUUUUGAAAUUAUGUCAUCUACAGUUUGAAACUUCCAAGCAGAUGUAGAUGCAGAUAUGUGUGACAGGUCUGAUUCUUGAAACUGUUUGUUUAUUCAGUACAAAUUAUUCUCUCCACAAAAAGAAAAAAAAAAAAAACACUCCACUGAAAAUUUUUGCCCCAUAAAAACACAUAUGCAGACUAUCUGAGUACUGCUGUUUAGGUGUGACAUGUACUGUAAUUUUCUGUAAAUAUGGAAGGGCUGUCAACAAUUGUUUGACAGAAUGUAAGUGAAUGUAACAUUAAUAAUGAGAUGUUCUUGGUGCUAUUGACACUAUAAUUCCUGUAUUGUGCCAUUAAUAUAAAAUUGUUGCUAUUUUUAACACUAGGUGCAUUUUGUAAAAAGUCAGUAUUCUGUGAUACUGAGAGGAAGAGUUUUAUAAUGAUCAAAUGUUCCAGAGCAGCUUUUACAAAAAAAAGAGCAUUGUUAUUUUAUUGAACACAAUAUGCAUUGAAAUUUGUUCAGUCCAUAAUCAUUCCUGUGGUAUUAAGUCGGUGUCUAAGGCAGAUAAUAUUUGUUUCAGAAUAGGUUGUAGUGUGUUUUAUACUUAUUCGUUGAGAGUAUGAGACAGUAAAUUUUAAAACUGUGUUUAUGGUAUUUCCCCAUUUAACAACUUGAAACACAGUAAUCUGUCUGAAAAUAAUUCUUCCAGAAAGUAGAGAGUAAAAUGGGCAGUGCUUUUGAUUUGAUUUGAAUGGAUUUGAUAAAGCUGAUAUAUUGUGACUGGUUGAAUUGCUAAAUGCUAUAUCAUAAUAGCAGUUGUUACUUUUUAAGAAUUUAUGCUCUGAAUUUAUGUUGUAAUAUAUUUGUGCAGAUUUUCAUUGAAAUAAAGACCUGUAAGUGGUUUCUAUA